AUGUUCAAAACGGUUGUGAAAGUACAUCCCGUAAGAAGCAGCACACCUCCGACUGCAAGAGCCACAUCUUCUAGUGAAAGCUGUUCAUCUUUUGAUGAAUGCGCUGCAUCUUCCAGUGAAAGUUCUUCAUCCUCCUCCAUCGGAAUUGAUAACACUGACAUCGCCAAAGAUGAUACUCGACCAUUUCGAGCAACGCCGUUAUCGACGAAGGAAAUUUUGGGUAUCAUCGGAUUUCUAGCGAUAUUCUCCUUUAUUUAUUUAGCCUAUGCACAACAUCAUAAAACGUUGUUCUACGUGAUGACGAGUUUAAUAGCUCUAUGGAUUAUGUUUAUUUAUGCUGCGGGUAUUCUAUGUGUUUUAUAUAUGGUAAUUAUUGGAUAUGAACGGAAACCUCAGCCAGACGACGACAUCGAGAAAGACGACGUGGGCAGUGUAGAACAUCAGGAAUCCAAAUUGUAG